GAAGUCAACAGUAACAGACACUCUGGACCAGGCGGCUCUCUAAACCGGGCACCUGGAGACCCCCCCCUCUCACACCCGGACCCUGCCCUCGAGUCCUUCAAGAUCGGUGAGGGGAGACGACACAGACACAAGGCAGACAAUGUAUGACAGCGAGAUAAGAAAGCACGGAAGAGGAAGGGACUGAAGGGAGGAGGCCCUGCUUUGCGGAGGUGAUGGCACUGAGUUGGGUCGUAAGGGAGGCAAUAGGCAUUGGCCAGGAGGAGAGAGAAACGGAUUCCAGGCAGCUGGAAGAACAAAUGCAGAGGUUCGAGGGCAUAAAAACUUCCAGCAGAUUCGAGCCUGGAAGGACGGGAGGCAGAACUGCCCUUGUGGGGAGCAAGGUUUUAGGGUCCAGUUCGUCGCAGAAAAUUUAGGACCUUGAGAGUGAAGGAGUGCAGCUGAUUUCAUCCAGCAAACCCCUGGCCUAGAGGGGAGAAAAGGCUUGCCUGAGAUUGCACAGGAGUGGAUGGCUGAGCUGGCCUGCAACCCAGUAUCAGCAACCCUGACAGGGCUCAACCGAUCACUCUAUUUGGGCGGCCUCUGGAAGAGCAGCAGCAUCUCUUACAGGUACACUUGACAGUGAAUCGUGGGUUUGCAGGGAACUGUGACAAAACUGCCUCCAGCAAGACCCCUGUGCAGAGCUCUGCAGACAGGAUGGUGUGAUGAAUGAAAGGAGAGAUUCGCUGGAGCCAUACAAGCCAUGGAGGUGACAGUUUUAGGCUGCUGACCUAUGUGAAAAGCAGCUGAUCCAGUGUGAUGCCGUUUGAGGACAGUGAGUGAAGAGGUACCUGACCCAGGUGAGGAGUGUCCCACCAUCUCAUGGUCAGAGGUGGUCAGUGCCUAGUUCUUACUUGGAACACAGCAGUGAAGAGUGGUUGCCAAAAGAAAAAAAAAAAGAUUCAGUAUUAAAUACACUGAGUUUGGGCUUCCCUGGUGGCGCAGUGGUUAAGAAUCCACCUGCCAAUGCAGGAGACACGGUUUCGAGCCCUGGUCCAGGAAGAUCCCACAUGCCGCGGAGCAACUAAGCCCGUGCGCUACAACUACUGAGCCUACGCUCUGGAGCCCGCGAGCCACAGCUACUGAAGCCCGUGCGCCUAGAGCCUGUGCUCUGCAACAAGAGAAGCCACCGCAAUGAGAAGCCCGCGCACCGCAAUGAAGAGCCAACGCAGCCAAAAAUAAAUACAUAAAUGAAUUUCAAAAAAUAAAUAAAUACGCUGCGUUUAAGGAACCAGAAGCAGACAUCCCAGAGGCCAGAGAAAGGCCUAAACCAUAAAUUGGGGAAUCAGCUUAUGGAUGGAAGUGAAUGAGGUCAUCCAAAGAGAGUACGCAGAGUGAAGAGAGGGCCUGUUAUAGAACCAGAAUGACACCAGUAUUUCAGCGUGUCAACCCAAUCAAAGAUCACCAGGGACAAAUCCAUAGUCCAAUGAAGUCAGGUUUAUUGACCCAUUGCUAGGAGGAAGACAACACAUCAGAGGAAAAAUGAGAUGUCCUACCAAACACAAAGGAAUAGAGUUCUUAUAGGAUUUGAGAGAGAGGUGGAAUUAGGUGAAAUUUAAAUGAGGCAAUAUUUUGAUGGCUCAAAGCAAAGCAGAACUGCGUCUGGACUGCUCAGUGGACUCAAGGUCCUGUUUCCUUGGAAACAAUAAAGUUAAGGCAGAUGUGGAAUAUAUGUUUAGAAAUCCCUUAUCUGAGUCUCUGCACCUGGAUUGUAAAUCCUGUCCUUUUAGUGAUUUAACUCCUCCAGGCAAGAGUUUCAUUCCUACUUAUAUAAUUUCAAACAGCAAAAUUUCUGACAGUCUAUGAUUUUAGAAAACAAAGUUGCUCGGUAAGAAAGUAGUCACUCAAAGGAGGGGGUUGUUAUGACAUUUUAUAGUUGCAGUAUAUCCUUGGGGAAAAUAUUGUUUCUUAUUAAUUUUGCAGCUGGCUUUAUCUGUGCCCGUUAUUCCAGCCUGAUGAACAUCACAGCAGAUUUUUACAGUCUGAACUAAUUUUUAGGUUUUCAAGGGACACACAAUGGAGGUGGAAUCUGCAAAGCCUAAGUGUAGUGAGUAGGCAGUGUGGACAAAACAGUGUUGCCUGACGUCAGUAAACAAAGAAUGCUUCCUGCCAUCCAGCCAUCAGGCACUGCAGGCACCCCUGAACGGUGCACCCUGAGGGGAAUUCUGGAUGGAGAAAAACAGGAUACUAGCCCUAGAUAGUUAAGUUGCAUACCAAAGGAAUAAUUUCAAUGAGCCCAGACUCUUGCAUCUUCCCAUGCAUAGGCACUAAAACAAUUAACUGGAGAUGUCUGGUUUCUUGUGUGUGAUUAGCAGUAAUCUUUGGAUGUUCACUACAUGUUUUUUUCAGGAAAAACUCCUUGCUCCUCCCUUACGUCUUUGGAACAGUCCUUCAGAGCUAUCUGAGAGGCUGCCAUCCCCGGCUAUAGUCCUCAGUAAGGCUGCGAAUAAAACAAAGUUCUCAACUUUUAGGUGGUGUACUUACUUUUAGUCAACAGUAGGAAGAAAACUAAAUUGUCAGGUCUCACAAAGCGGGAAGGUGAUCGUUGGUAUUGAACACUAAGAGGUCUAGUCUAGUAUAGUGUGCCGCUGUCAAAUAUGGUAGCCAUUAGCCAUAGGUGGCUAUUUAAAUGUAAUUAAAAGUAAUUAAUUGAAUUUAAAAAAUAAACUCAGUAAAAGUUUUUCUUCCUCCAUGGCACUUAGCCUCAUGUCAAAUGUCCAGUAGCCACAGAUUAGACGCUACCCUAUUGGACAAUGCAGCUAUAGAAUAUUUCCAUUAUUAUAAACAGUUCUUUUGAACAGCAGUAAGAGAACUCAGAGUGCCAGGCGACGGUGACGCCUGGGAGUGCAGUCUCCUAAGAGUGAUGGGGGUGGAAGCCCUGUGGGAGGUGCAGACACGUAGUGUGUAGUAUUCUUUCUAAAACUCAGUCCAACAGCGCUACUCUCUCCCUAUGACAGCUAUCGUGUAACUCGUGCGUACUUCGAACCCACAGCCCAGGCUCAGAGAGCGAGGCUCCACCACUUCAUCGCGUUUCCCUGCCUGCACAAACUCACUACCCUCCCCACACUCCAUCUCCCCACGUGCCCCAGGCCCUUUUCCCGCGACUCUGGCUCUUGGACUUCUGGGAAAUGUAGUUUUAACAGCGUUCCAACUCGGAAAAGUUCUAGCAGCUAAUUGAGGCUCCCAAGAGGCAGUGCACGGGCCGCCAUAUCUGCCGUGAGGGGCGCCAAAGUCGGCACCCCUACUAAAGUACAGCGGUAACUGAGAUGCUGGAGUCCUGGGAGACCGCGCUGUGCCUCUCCCUGCCAUUCCUUAGGUCUCCGCCGCUCCGAAGUUGUAGAAACGCCUCAACCCAAGCAGAGCAGACAGGGCCCCAGGGAACCAUAGUAACUGGGCGGCCACAACCACUAGGGGACUUGAAGGCAGCGUCCGACGGCGAACAGCCAGAAGGCCAUUGGGCGGCCCCUUACGCGGAGCGCACGCGCAAAUGCUGGGCCUCAAGGCUUCCGUAAACACCAAAGAGCGCCUGCGCAAACGGAGCGCCUCGGGAUGGACACGAGGGGGCGCCUUAGCAAAGGUCCCUGGAAGGUGGCGUCAGCAUCUGCAGCCGCGUCGACGUUGUUGGAGCUUCCGCGGAGGACCCAGGAGAGCCGGACUAGGACCAGGGCUCUGGGCCUCCCCCAUGGAGAAGUCAGCUGCCUCAACUGAGCCCCAGGGGCCUCGGCCAGUCCUGGGCCGCGACAGCGUCCAGGUGCCCGACGACCAGGACUUCCGCAGCUUCCGGUCAGAGUGUGAGGCCGAGGCGGGCUGGAACUUGACCUACAGCAAGGCCGGCGUGUCUGUGUGGGUGCAGGCUGUGGAGAUGGAUCGUACCCUGCACAAGAUCAAGCUCUGCUCCGAGGGGAGGAUUAUCCCUGUUUCACAGAUGAAGAUAUUGGGAUUCAGAACUGAAGUACUUUGCCCAAGCCAAGGCCACACAGGCAGGAAGCAGCAGGACAGAGGCCUAUCUGACCAGACAGCCUGGAAUUGCUGCAAAUGUGAGCUUGUGGGGCAACGCGAUGGCCCAAGUCUUCUCAGAGGAGACUUCCAGGUACAGAGCUCCAGUGCUGAGCUUUGGAAAAGCCCAGCCUUGCCUUUAAGCCCAGGGAGGGCUGAGGAUAGAGUCGGGAAUUUUGUUCAGAGGAAGAAUCUCUGAGCUUCGCCUGCCUGGUCAGCAAGCCUUUCUGAAUCCAGUGAGCUCUGCGUAAUAACCAUCAAUUAGGGCUUCCCUGGUGGCACAGUGGUUAAGAAUUUGCCUGCCAAUGCAGGGGACGUGGGUUCAAGCCCUCGUUCAGGAAGAUCCCACAUGCCGCAGAGCAACUAAACCCGUGUGCCACAACUACUGAGCCUGUGCUCUAGAGCCCGUGAGCCACAACUACUGAGCCCACGUGCCACAACUGCUGAAGCCUGCGCACCUAGAGCCCGUGCUCCGCAACGAGAGAGGCCACUGCAAUGAGAAUGCUGCGCACCACAACAAAGAGUAGCCCCCUCUCGCCACAACUAGAGAAAGCCCGUGCGCAGCAACGAAGACCCAACGCAGCUAAAAAUAAAUUUUUUUUUUAAUUUAAAAAUAAAUUAAAA